AUGCUCAGCCUCUACACGGAAACGGCUUUUAAGGCGGAGCCUGCGACAACAACAUCUGCGGUAGACUUCAAAAUCCCCAGAGUAGACGGCUCAUACAAUAGGGCCAUACCCUCAUCCAGCUCAGCGACCAGUAUCAGUGCUACUUUCCGGAACGAAGAUACCUUCACUGCGAACAUCCUCUCCUGUCAGAGCUCGAUCUACUUCCGGCAGUGCAAGUCGUAUCCGAGAACAUUCUACUGGAGCGUUGUACACAAUGGGAGGAUUCUGCAGGUUCAAUGCGCAGAUUAUGCGAGGAGUGAGAUUGAUGUAAAAGAAGCAUACUAUACACUUCGAUUCGAGUUCCAAGACCGGAUCCUGCCCAGAGGAGUGUGCUUUGCAGACUUGGAGACUGUUGACGAGCUGCAUGCCUUUGUAUGCACAGACAAGAACGAGAUCUUCAACCUGCAGUUACCGACUGCCUCUUUUCGAGAUCCGGAGUCACUCAUUCAUGAAAGCAUCAACCGGUGGUGCAAACCGGUCGAGGACUCAUCCUUGAGAAUCGAUAAAAUCCAUCAGUUGUCGGUUAACAGUCCGUUGGAAGCCUUUCUAUCCUUCACAAGUGGCAAGCUACAGAGGUUGACGAGGCGGUCUACCAAUGGUGCAUGGAAGCAGGACAACUAUAAUGAAAAAUCUUGGCCAGUCUCUCUUCGCGACAUUGUCAGUCGACGAGGUUUUCAUACCAUCGAGUACGGUCAUCAUCAUUUCGAUGCCCGGACGGCACAGUCAAUGGUCGCGUCUCCCGACGGCAAGCUCCUCUUCACCGUCUGUUUGAACCACACCCUCAGAGUCUGGAAUCUCCUGGAGGGGGGCCUUGUGGCGACCAAGGAUCUUCUUGACGUGCAGCGAGACCCAAACGACAGAACACACUUGAAUCCCGUCGAGGAUGCGCAUAUCCAGGUUUUCAAAGUUCCUUCGGAGAGAUACCCGUCGCUGAUUACUUACACACCUCACGAUGGUGGGCAGUUCAAAAUCUGGGAUGUCAGGGGUGGACCAACCGUUUCAACUGUCAUCGAGGACAAAUAUCCGGGUCUGAAACUCAGUGCUCCUGAUCCAGAUCCAUCUGGAAAUACCGUAUGGUCCAUGGUAGGGUUUAAGCUCGAUCCUGGAAGUGACCUCAAACCUGCGAGGAUCUGGGUAUUAUGGAGGAACCACAACUACCAUCAACUGUACAACUGUCUUUUAGAAUUUGGCGAUCUCGAGUCCUCAUGGGCAUCGAACUGGGUCAAAUGCAAUCCAACCGCGGCUUCGAAGAACAUUGCGCCAGACUUCGUCAAAGCGGACGGGGUGGACCCAGCGUCUAAAUGGCUGGAGUUCUUCUUUUCCCCCGGACGUUACACUGUAGCCACCUUGGAGACCUCUCUAGCCAUGUUCGCAGAAGCUACAGCCGUGAAGCUGAGUCCAGCGCAGAAAGGGGCCACUCUGAGACAACGACUAUGCGCAGUCGUGGCCGCCAGUGUGGCACUACGCAAAUAUGAGGAGUCUGAAUUCGACUAUGACAGAUUUGGUGCCGACACAGAUUUCCAUUGGCGCAAUUUGUACCGGAUUGCGGAAAAUGUCAAUGAAAGCCGUAACGCGCCCCUUGCCUUGGCAUACGACGCAUUCAACGAGAUGGUUUGGAUCACAAUGGCCGACAAAUUCUGCGCCAUCAGAGAAUGCAGCAAAAUCGAACUCCUACAACAGAACAGAAUGGAGGAUGUCCAGGACCUUGAAAGUGUUGCCGCCCGAACGUGGACACACCGCAAAGUCAGCGCCGAUGAUGGUGAAUCAUUCAGCGAUAUGGCUGCACUGAUGACCGCCGCCAAAAGAUUCAGAGGGUCUUUCAGCGCCGAGCUGCUGAGAGAUCUGAAUUUGGCCCUCGACGAGGAUUUCUCUGUUGAUGCAGAGUAUGUCACUCCGAAUAGGAUUCUCGGGAUCUACAACAGUAUCGGGUUCCAGGAUGCCAUCUCCGAUGAUGUUUUCGAUCAACUCCAACAAGAUCUCGCGACAAUCGGGGGCCUGUCGUCAUUGAACAACGAGCUUUUCCUGGCCAUUCUUGAACUGUUGUCCACCAGGGCCAAGCGGCCGAAAAGUUCAAUGCGAAAUACACUGUUUGGGCAUGUUCUUUUGUCAGCAGGGGUGCUGGAUAUCAUGGUUGCCCAGCGAGACUUGCUCGUAGACUUAUUGGCGCUGGCUGUCUUUGCUGAGGGCGAGCUCGGUUCGGAAGAGGCGAGGACGACGGUAUUCAAUGCUUCAGAGCUAUUUCACGACAUCGUACCUUUGCUCAAACUAUGCGAACGAAACAUCUGGCUGGCAUCCCACUCGCGACUCGUUCCUCUGGAGAUUAUGGGCAGCGAUGGUCGUCCAAACGCCGCUCGUCGGCCCUCCACGUCCGUCGUGGAAAAUAGGAGGUGGGUUACGAUCUUGGAAGACGCGUUGAGCAAGGCUGUCCGGCCGCAGCCGGCCGUUGAAAGACCUUUGAUGUACGUGAUCACGGAUCAACUUUCCGAAAUCGACGACUGGGUGUCUGGCAAAGAUACGAUUGCCCUGGAGGAUGGAGCCGUGUACCUCGAAUGCGAUCUGCUUGCACAGCGCGAAUUUGAUCUGGCCACAGAAUUUCUACGGUUCCAGCCUUCCACGGCGUGGUCGAAUUAUGUCAAAGGACGGCUCGCCAUUGCCAAGGGCGAGUACGACAUGGCGAGCAACUGUUUCCGCAAGGCCUCAUACGGCCUUGCUUGCGGCAAGGCAGUGGGGGAUCUUGUUGCGCUUUCGGCAGGUUUGCUGUCAAUGAUUGAGGCAGAGUCUUUCAAUAGCGGCCUUCCUUCUUAUCUGCACCACAUCACUACUCUGUUCGAAUCAGCCAACGCGUACAGUCAGGUAGCCUAUUUUGCACAUUUGACCUUGGAAGCAUUGCAAACCGGGCAGAAAGAGCCAUCGGCCGGAUUCCGCGCAGAUGUUCUGUCUCGAUUGUUCCAUGCCGAGUUGAAGCUCUCAAGAUUUAGGCGUGCCUACGACGCGUUGGUUCAGCUGCCUGACGCAGCGCUGCAGCGCUCUUGUGUGUCUGCGCUCGCAAGUACACUGUUGGAUUCGGAGCGCUCGAUAACUGGUGCAAAAGGAACAGUUCAAACGCUUACGUCUUUCCCAUGGACCAUGCAUCCGCACCUCGCCCGCCAUCUAGACCAGUACCUGGUUUCGCUUGUGGGAACAAAAGGUACCCUCGGCGGCGUCAAAACCACACACUGGCCUGCUGGCGAUACCGAGUUCGAUUAUCUCAGUAUCAUGUAUGCGAUACGCCUCGCGCAGAAAGACUAUCGCGGCGCACUUGCUGUUUUGUACGAUCGACUGAGGGUGACUCGGCGUCUUGCGCGCGCCAGACAUGAUCCUCAGGCCACAUCAUUGCGGCAGGCACUUUUGGCACUGAUCAAUGUCAUGGCUUGUCUCACCCCCGAAGAGGCCUACAUCCUUGCGGAGGCAGAGGAAAAGACCGGUCCACUUCAAAGCGCCCGGGACGCUGCUGACAAUGGUGCCUCCAUAUCUGACAAGAGACGUCGCAUCAUCAUCACUUUGGAGGACUUGCGGAAGGAAUAUCAACACAUUCUCGACAAAUGCAGCAGGAUUGAACGAGGGGAUUUCGAUUUCGAGGUUGACGGGGAAAGUGAUGACGACGCGGAGCUGCCGGCGAACCAGUCGAGACUGAAUAUGUCUUCUCAUGUUGGUGAUGCCAUGGAGUUUUGA